AUGCGCUUGUUUUUCGAAAUCUAUGCACUAUUUUGGAUCCCACUGGAUGGUAAAUGUUAUAAACUUAUGCUAGACUGUAAUAAAACCUACGAUUUAAUGAAUGCGGUGGAAUCUAUUGCUUGGCCAGAUAUAUGUAGAAGAAAUAAUGCCAUCAUGAACUGCAAAUAUGUUCGAGUUUACCCCCAACAACAAAAAUCAACCGAAAUGAGCAUUACUUGUGUAAAUGGAGAUGUUUGCUAUCAAGGAGUAAAGAACACGUGA